UCAACUGCUUGUUAAAACUGUACUGCUACACCCAGAACUGGGAAUGUGAUGACUACAUUCAACAUUACUUUAAGAGAUUUUUAAAGAUAUUGGAUCCUGACCUUGCAUGGAAUGAAAAAUGGCAAGUAAAAAGAGCAAGACAGCAGAAUACGUGUACACAAAGCUUGCUGACUUACAAGCAAACAGUACUGUCAACGUGUUUGGUGUUGUCAAAUUCGCCAGGCCACCAACAAAAACAAGAGGAUCGGAUUACAGUAUGGUCUUGAGCAUUAUAGAUCCAACUCUGCAUAGUAAUGACCAGAAGUUGAAAUGUCUGUUGUUCAACAGGGAGAAAGAUAGCUUGCCUUUCCUUGAUAUUGGUAAAAUUGUCAGGCUGCAUCGCCUAAAGAUUACACGAUUCCAUGGAGAUCUUCAGGGACAGAGUGGACCGGGAUUCUCCUGGCUGGCUUUUGAUGAAGACAAGGAGUCUCCCGUUAGGCCUGUGUCAUCUAGUUCUAAUUACACCUUCACAGACAGUGACAAAAAGAUGGUGGAGGAACUUCGUGACUGGGUUUCUACAUUGAAUGACAUUCAACAUCCCAAUAAAACCUGCUUUGCAGACAUGAAACCUCAACAGUAUUAUGAUAUUUAUUGUCAGGUCCUGGCUACGUGUAUUUUAGAGGAGAAUGUAGGGUUUUUGUUACGAGUCUGGGAUGGAACCAAACCUACAAAUCCUGUACGAGAAUUUGAUGUGUCUGUAGGGGAGUUUACAGCUGAUAAAAGGCAGGAUUUGCUAGACAUAGCGGGACAUUUGGCACUGGAUGUAGCAUUGUAUGAUGAUCAUUAUGAAACAGGAAGAAAAAUCAAGCCAGGACAGUUUAUAAAGCUAAACAAUCUCCAUGCUGCCACAUUUGUAUCAGCUGAGGGCCGUCCAGAAAUGUCUGAAUUACCUAUGAUAGAGCUUGUCAUUCACCGUGGCACAGCGUAUGGUAGAGGUGUUCAUGUUAUAAAGGAUGACUUUGAUGGAAUCAAAACUUUAAAAGAAAGACUUGAGAAAGUUGCAGCAGAAGUCAGGAAAAGAGGAGAUCCUGACACAUCUGAACUUUCCAGUUUUGCAGCCAGGAAGGAUACAAAAGUGUUAGAUAAUUCAGGGAACUGUAGAAGUCCUAUUGGCAACCAUGAUAUAUCAACCAGUCAGCCACCAAUAAACUUGUCUUCUGAUAACAAUAGUCAGGAAAGAGAACAAGCACAGGAAGUGACAAUGGAGGUGUCAUGUGACCGUAUAGACCAAUCACAACCUCAUAAGAGUUUCACAGGAAAUCAAACCUACCAAUCAAAUUCACAGCAAUCACAGAAUAUGGCUAGAUGUAUGAUGCAGACAUCAACAGUUGUUCUGAAUCAUCCUCAUAUCCAGUGCACUAAAAUUAAGGAUGUACUGUUACACAGUGUGCCCUACAAGUUCCGAAUUCUGGCAAGAGUGGUGGACUUCUUCCCAAGGUUUAACAGACCAACAGAUAUCUGUAAACUGUACUGCCCAGAGUGCAAUUACUUGUGUGAUGUCCCUGUCGAAGAAAAUGGGAAAAGUAGUUUGAAAAUUAGCAGGAGGGGUAGACAAUUGAAGCAUUACUUAUGUCCUGUGUGUAGUAAAGAUUCACAAUUUGAGUUGGAGUAUAUCUUUAUGAUGAGAUUUUGGUUAAGGGAUAAAUCAGGGGAGAUAGUGGUUAACAUUUGGAGGAAGGAUGCAGUGACCUUUUUCCAGGAUAUAACUCCAGUAGAAAUGCUAACAGAACCUGCUUUGUGUACUGUGAUAGAGAACUGUCUAAAUGUAAUCUGUGAUCCUGACAAGAGUGAUUGCCCUUGGUUUGAAUGUUGUAUAAAAUCAUACAAUACUCAGAUGGGAGUACACUAUCAGAUUUUUGACACCUGUUUAGUAUGACCAUAAAAUUGAAUAUUGUUAUGUAAGAUUUAUUAUAAAGUGGUGCUUCUUUUGUUAUUGUCAUCUAAACCUGAACACAAAUCAUUUGAUACAGUGCAUGUAUAUGUAAUUUUUAAUAUUAAAAAAAA